GUAGGUGCCUUCAGCAUCCCGGUGCCACGGAGGUCUACUCUGGAAUCUACUUGGCUUUCUUUCUCCUUCUUAGUCCCUCCCUCUCUCACCUCCACGCCUGGCUUCCUUGGCUUGCUAGCCCCGCGCUCUUUACUCUUUGCUGGCAGCGGAUAUAAGGGGUCUGAGGAAAUACUAAACACGGUCAUCCCAUAGCCUGCUCAACCCUUUAAAUUCCCGACCCGGGGAGAUCCGCGCACAUUCAGGUUCGACUGAACACCCAUCCCGCGGGUCAGGAGCGGAGGUUUCUGAGCGCUGCUCGGCCAAUCGCUCGCACCAGCGGGCUCCGGAACCAAAGUCCACGCUCGGUCUCAGUGCUGGGCAAGUGAGGCCAGCAGCCGACAGCCACGAUGCCUGCCCACAUGCUCCAAGAGAUCUCUGGCUCCUACUCGACCAGCACCGCCAUCACAGCGCCACCCUCUGGAAGCCUGCAGAAUGAACAAGAGAAGCAGACGACCGUACCUCAGUACCUGGAAGAAGACAUCCGUCCUGAAAUGAGGGAGGACAUACACGACCCCAGCUACCAGGAUGAGGAGGGGCCCCCGCCCAAGCUGCAGUACGUCUGGAGAAACAUCAUCCUCAUGGUCCUGCUGCACUUGGGGGCCCUGUAUGGGAUCACACUGAUUCCCUCCUGCAAACUCUACACCUGCCUCUUCGCGAUUCUGGGCUAUUACAUCAGUGGCUUGGGAAUCACAGCCGGGGCUCAUAGGCUGUGGAGUCACCGAACUUAUAAGGCUCGGCUGCCGCUGAGGCUCUUCCUCAUCCUGGCCAACACCAUGGCUUUCCAGAAUGACGUGUAUGAAUGGUCCCGAGAUCACCGCGCCCACCACAAGUUCACAGAAACACACGCUGACCCUCACAAUUCCCGGCGUGGCUUUUUCUUCUCUCACGUGGGCUGGCUGCUCGUGCGCAAACACCCGGCUGUCAAAGAGAAGGGCAGUAAACUGGACAUGUCUGACCUAAAAGCUGAUAAACUGGUCAUGUUCCAGAGGAGGUACUACCUGCCUGGCCUCCUAUUGAUGUGUUUUAUCCUGCCCACACUGGUGCCCUGGUAUUACUGGGGUGAAACUUUUGUAAACAGUUUGUACGUCGGUACUUUUCUGCGCUAUGCCGUGGUGCUCAACUGCACCUGGCUGGUGAACAGUGCUGCCCACCUCUAUGGCUAUCGCCCCUACAACAAGAACAUUGAACCCCGAGAGAACAUCCUGGUUUCCGUGGGAGCCGUGGGCGAGGGCUUCCACAACUACCAUCACACCUUCCCCUACGACUACUCUACCAGUGAGUAUGGCUGGCACGUCAACUUCACGACAUUCUUCAUCGACUGCAUGGCUGCCCUGGGCCUGGCUUACGACCGGAAGAAAGUGUCUAAGGCUGCUGUCUUGGCCAGGAUUAAAAGAACUGGAGAUGGGAGCCACAAGAGUAGCUGAGUUUUGGGCUCCUGAGUUCCUGUUCCCAAAGUUAUCUGGGCAGAGAUUUAAUAUUCUGUUGAUUAACUCCAGGAUAAUGCUACCAGACUGCUAAUGAUACAUUUAACCUAUUCCAGUACAGUAUUCUUUUAAAAUGAAAAAGCUUUGAUCACGUUUUGAGGUAAAACGCAUUUUAAUUAGCUAGGAUUAACCAUGCCUCAACAUAGAUACUUCUAAACACAGACAUGAUAAAUGCAUAUACAAUUUUACACAUCAAUCUUAAGUAAUAACAAUAUUUUUGAACAUUCUAUACACAGAGUAUUAAAAGCCAGCAAACAUGCUGUUCUGAUGCCGAGGUCGUGAGCACAGGGUUCUGUCCCUGUUUGCAUUGCAUCUUGCUUGGUUUCUUUUCUCUCUGUCUACCUCCCAGGCACUCAGCUGGCCAGCCACGGGUCUGUAUCCACCUUCCAAAGCCUAGGCGAUUUUUCUGGUGUCCGAAAUACUGCUACUUCUCUCCUUGUUCUGGGCUUUGAGAUUGCUGCUUCAAACUAAAAAUAUAACAAAACCUUCCUGGAACUUCCCUAUCUGCUUCAUUACAGGCUUUGCUAGAUGGAAUGGGAAUUUUUUCUUGUUUGAUAUAUAGAAAGUAGAUUAUCUGGAGCCAAGAGUUAGCAUAUCUAGUGUGGCUCAUAAGUAAGACUGGGAGAAAGGUAGGAAAGGAUAACCAUACCCAGUGGCCUAGUUAGCAAAGACGCCAGGCCCCUCUCUAUAGCAUGGCUUCCUUUUAGUCCAUGCUCUGAGCCACAGAGCUUGGUGUGGCUGAAAUAAUUAAAUCAGUUUAAUAAGAGAGUGGGGCCGGGGGGUUGCGUGGUCUGUGUGUGAGGGGGAUGCAGCUUUUAGCAACAUGAAGAUUUCACAGAAAAAGUCUUCAUGCGAAGUGUGUCUAUCUAAGACGGGUAACUAAAUAGCUGAUAAGCGUUCUGAGGAUAUGGAAUAAGACUAUGGAUAUAAACAAAAUCUUCGUUUGGAGCAUGAAAAUAUUUCACUUGGAAAAACUGACGGACAAGAGGGGUUGUCUGGGUUGCCAGUUUCUUUCAUGGCUGCACAGGAACUGGAGAGGUUGAGGUACAGCAUCUGUAGGUAGCUGCUGAGAGGGAGAUUCCCAAGUGAGCCCUUGGGGAACACACUGCCAGGGAUCUGAAGUCAGCGCUGUCCAUCACUCUGAUUUCCUCCUUGAAUUGAGUAGCAAUGGGCUUCUCGUGGGGUUGAACCUUCCUUGCAUUCUUUGCUUUGUGGCCAUCCAGCCUACAAUGAGCUGCCUGGGAGGCUGUUACCUUGCCCUGAUUUCUGCUGCCAGUUCUCUGUUCUUUGGCAUUUAUUUUCCUCUUUCCCUGGACAGGCAACAAGUUGCCUGAGUGUCUUCUGAGCACGCGGGGCUUGCUGUCCUGGCACCUUCCUCUCCCACAGAUACAAUGCUCAUGGGCACAGAACAGGUGGGUGCCACUUCUCUGUGGCCUCCACAUCCUCUCUACCUCUACCCCUAUGUGCCUCUGCCACAGUGACUUCGGAAAAGCUUGGUAGGCUCUCGAACACCAUGGUUCAGAGAUUUGCUGGUUUGUGAGUUAACAGCUCGGCCAAGUGCUUGUUGUCUCAGUGGAGCAACUGCUGAAUGAGAUGGUCGAUGGUUGGUUUCUGUGUGAGUCGGGGUACACAGUGUGUUUUCUCCUCCUUGCAUGCUCUGCAAGGUAGUUCUGGUUAGUGAAUGUAGGCAGGUGGUGGUAGUGCUUGUGAGAGGAUGAGGCUCCCCAUUUUAUCCCCGAAAAGACACCAGAAGCAUAGGCAAUCGCCCAGGGCCUCACUUCAGAAAGAGAUCCUGCUUCCUGAAGCCAGGGUGUGUUGCAAAGCUUCCACUGAAGUGUGGUAACUAGGGUGCUAUGAACUAAUAAACAUCCCUAUCACACAGCUCAGGGCAGACCAUGGAACAGAAAAGUCUAGAAGAAAGCAUUACAUCCUCAUUUUGGAACCAUCAUCCUCUCGUGUUCUGUAGCCCAAUCCAGAAGCCUGGCUUUGGUGUUAGGGCUGGCUGUGGAUGGUACCAAACGCGCUGUUCGCUGGCAUCAGAUCAGAGCCUUUCUUCCCAUGUUGAUCGAACACAGGCUUUGAACUGUUUGUUGAAGGUGAAAAUCUUGAAGAUCACUGUAGAUCUGCUGACCUAUAUCCCUCUGACCUAACCCUCUGGAAAGGCCUGUGGGUGGUUUUCCUUUCCCGGGUCAUCAGAUCCUUGAUUUAUAAGAAACAACAACAACCUUCUUCCUCUUCCACUCUUAUUCCACAGAUCUGAUUCAGGCUAUAUCCCAGCACAGGGCUGAGGCCCCAGUGUCUGUGGGGCUUUAGGUAGGAUGUGAUGGAAGGUUUAGGGCAGGGACACUUUUUCAGAUCCUCUCAAAGGUGGAUUUCUGACAGUUCCCACAAAAUGUGCUACCAGCUUUGAGUGCCUUACCUCCUUCCUACUCUUCAGUGCAUGUGAGCCCAGCCUCGCUCCCUCCCUUAGCCCUGAGACCCUGAAGAUGGAGCGGGUGUAAACAAGAGGCUGGCUGACAGAUUGUGGCUGCAGUGAUUGGCAGAAAUCUUUUACAGGCUUCAUUUGGAAAUUUUUCCGGGAGCUGUUUCUAGUGAAUGCUCAAAUCUGGUAUGAAGUGGACGUAACUUGGCUGUAUUUGAUUGUACUGGCGUCCUCGUGACUGUUAUCAAACAAGUGACAAUGGCAGUGGUGCUCAGGGGAGUUUUCUCCUUGGGUUGCUAGGCUCUGAAAGUGUAGCUCAGCUGAGUUGGCAUAAAAGGUUUGCAAAGUGAAGUCUGCUGGUGGCUUAAUCCAAGGCCUCUCUUAGUCUACUUUAUAACAAAUCUACCCCAGAGAUAAGGUCUUUAAUGUCUUCCAAACCUCCCUUGCUAAUAAGCACCUGGUGGCGUCACUUCCCACUCAUGGUGAAGUGAGUGCCCAGCACAUCCACGCUGGAGGACACACUGACACUAACCCUCUGAGCAAGUCCUUGGGCUCACCUACCUCAAGGGGCAGUUUUGAGGUGACUAGAGCUUUUUAUUAUUAUGAUUAAGUAUUUGAUGGUCCUCAGCAGAGAUUCUCAUACAGACUUCUACAGGAGUAGUGUACACCAUGAGCUUCACACAUCCAUAUGUUCUAGACACCAUCUGUCAUUCACAUCGCUCUUCCCAGAGAUUGACAGCACUCACCGGGGAAGUGGGAUAUGAGCAGACCCAGAGAAGGAGUACCUACUCACUACCAUGAAAACAGUGCGGGAAACCUUUUCCAUGCCUGAAGAAGAUUUUUCCCCUUCUUACUGGCGAGAGUUAUUUGUGACCCAAGCAUAAUUUUAGAUGAUUUUCAUUAAUAUAAACUCUUGAGUCUAAUUGUACUAAUUGAGAUUGUAGUUGUUCCUAAUAAAAGUGGAUCUGGCUGUAA